AUGUUGAAACGGCUUUUUGGAAAAGUAGAAAACCAGCCCACUUUCACUUCUGUUGAAAAGCUGAAUAAAACCCUAGAAAAGUUGGAGGGUAGGGAAGAAAUCUUACUUAAGAGGGUUGCAACAGAGAUUGACAAAGCAAAAAGGUAUAUAAAAGCGCAGAACGGAAGAGCGGCUUUACAAUGUCUAAAGAGGAAGAAACUGUAUGAUGCCCAAUUGGAACACCUUUGGAAUAUCCAAUCUCUGAUGAUAAUGUUGGAAGGUGCAAAAAAUACUGUAGAAAUUGUGGGAGCAGUGAGAAAUGUAGCUUCUGCCUUGAAUGAAGAAAUGCGUAAAUCUAUUGACAUUGAUGACAUAGAGAAAAGUAUGGAGGAAAUAAAUAAGCAAAGAGAGAAGAUGAGACAGAUUGGUGUGUGUGUAACAUCAGAUUUGAAAUUUAAUGAGGCAGAAAUUGAGGCUGAUUUGAGGGAAUUGGAACACAAGGAAAUCCAACUAGAGCGGGUUGAGUUAGAGGGAAUUGGGUCAGAAGGAACUGCAACUGAAGAGGUUAGUGUUAUGAGAGUCAAUAUAAUUACUAGUUAA